UAAAUAUUUAAUUUUAAUUUUUGAAACAGAGUUACUUCAAUCUUGUAAUAAUUUAUUACUUUUUGACCUGCCCUGCUCGCUCUUUGACUUGAAACCAUCCUAAUUGCAUUUAAUAUGUCAUUCAAAUUCUGAUUCUUCAACGAAUAAAAACUACUAUUUUUGUACACCGUAUAUAACAUAUUCACCAACUUUUACGACCAAUGAAUUACUGAUUUCAAAAACCUGAAACCUCUUAUUCAUACCUCCCCGUUUCUAUGAUUAUUUUCAGUUGUCAAGGCUAAAUCGAUUUUUCUUCUCUAUUUCUCGGAUGUCAUGACAAUCUACAUUUAUAUUCGUGAAAUUGUGAAUGAUGUGUUCUUUAGAAUUGAGAAGGAUGGAUUAUACCAUAGUGGGUGUAACAAAUCAUCAUUGUUUACAGUUGAUACCGGCUAAUCUUCCCAAAGACCAGCAGAAGGUAGCAAUAGCUGACGUUGAUGGUAUUCUUCAAGUUUUUUCGAUAAAGAAAGAACAAAUACAAUUGCACUUUAAAACCCUACCUGGCUCACCAAUAUGUUCAGUGAAAACAGCUGGAGCUACAGGUGCUGUUGUCGACAAAAUAUUCAUUGCAUCUGGAAAUCAAGUACGAGGUUACACGAAAAAAGGAAAAUUGUUUCUCACAUUUGAUUCUGGAAUGACUGAAGAAAUAAAAUCAAUGUAUGUUCUCGAAAACGAAUUAUUUCUUUGUGGAAGGCACACAUAUACACAUUACAGAGAUCUCAAGGAUAAUGGAUCUUAUUUGUGUGGAGAUAAAAUUGUCGAUGUGAUUGCUCUUUACUGUCAAAAUAGUAAUCGACUCAUUUCUCUGAUAGCUUGUGAAGGUCGAAUGAUCAGAGCUUUGGAACAUGCACGAGUUACUUUGAGCAUGGAGAUAGAGAGCUCCCCUACUAUUCUGCAUAUUUACGAAGAUGAUGAAUUGAGAAUUGUUCUUUUUGGAACCACAGAUGGGCGAAUUGGGAUUCUGGACGUGGAAAACUUGAAAGGUUUUCAAAGUUGGCUUUUAUCGAACGAAUUCAAUAAAAGUCCAAUUGGUGCCAUAGACUCUUAUGACUUAAGUGACCUAGGAAGGAAACAACUGAUUAUUGGAAGGAUGGAUGGAAAUGUUGAAAUUUACUCCGUUAAUCUGAAAGAAGAUGUAGAAGAUACUAGAUUGAUUUUCAAAUAUAAUUGUAACGAAAGUAUAACUUCUUUACAAUGUGGGGUUGUUGGAUUCCAAGGACAUGAGGAAAUACUUGUGGUGACAUAUACAGGAAGAAUAUUCGGACUCACAACUAAAAGUAUAGAUGGUGAUAUGGACAACUCAACAGGCAGUUAUAUGGCUUCCGCCGAUGCUUCUCAAAAGAUAUUUGGUCUCAAGGCUGACAUAGAAGAACUCAAGAGUAAGGUUCUCAGGGAACGGGAAAAAUAUCAUUUAUCAACUCAAACAAACUUUGAUGACGUUUCUGCAAUUCCUUUAUUGAUGGUCAAGGAGUCGUUUAUUCUAGACACGAAAAACUCAACAUAUCACCUCACAAUAGAAGUACCCACUGCAAUAGAUAAUAUUUUGCUGCAAUGUAAUACAGAAAUAAAUCUUUUGGAUGAAGAAAAGAACUCGGCGAUUGUCAGUUAUGGUGAAUCAGAUAGUGAGGCAGAUAAUUACCUAUUGGCAACAUAUCGUUGCCAAAUGGAUACUAACCGAUUGGAGAUGAAAAUUCAAACUGUGGAAGGGAAGUAUGGGAUUCUACAGGCUUACGUUUCUCCGAUGGUACAACCAAAAUGCAGCAGGCUGUUGUGCUACGAGAUAAAAGUUCUUUCUCUACAUCAAAGAUUAUAUCAAUUUGAUUAUAAUAGACCAUUCAACACCCUUAUUUUGAAAGGUUUAUUUAGUUUGGCAGAAAUUCAUGCAUGGGUGAGACAGUGUUUACCUGAAGUUGCUGAAAAACCCUGUUCAACUGAGAAAACCAUUUUGUGGUAUGGUUCUACAAUUGUAGAUUCAGUUUUGGAAUGUAGAUACCAAAAGGGGGAAGCAGAAUUCAUGUCCGAUAACAUUUCAACGAUAUUUAUUCUCAAGGAGACUUUAAUAUCAGAUGCUACAAAACGGAAAAUAAAAAUUGACGUCAAUAUCUGUAUCAACGACGAGUCUGUCAACUUCAUGCUGAAAACCAUCGAAGAAAAGUUACUCACGUCCCAAAAAAUAUCAGAGGAAUUCUGUCUUCUGAGUGCGUUAGAUGAAGUAGCAGUGACAGAAGAAGAGGCUUCAAAAUACUUAUCGACGAAAUAUAAAGAUAUACUUCUCCGAGCUGAAAAAAUAAGGGAAUCAAAUAGACAAAACCAAUUAAACAAACUUUAUGAUUCAAUCACUACUCUGUACAUCAAUUACAGCAACUUCCGAGGAUUCAAUCCACAUAAAAAAAUAUCAACACUGAAAGGAUAUCUAAAAGACUUCAACUAUGAUGGAAUAAUGACCCUCUUCAGGUCACAACAACAUAAAUCUGAAAAUUAUUCCGUUUGAGGUAACGUCGAAUGAAAACCGUUUAUUUUGAUGAAGAUGAGAAAUAUAAUUUAUGAAAUAUUUAUUAAGUUUCUCAAAUAACGAUUUGAAAUUUUGUAAAU